UAUAACUCAUUGUUUACAUAAGCAUUUUCCGUUAAGCACUACCAGUUGUAAUUAGAAAAUGCUUUUGUGCCAAUAGGGUUCGCGCUCAAGUUUUCCUUUUCUUUAUUGUUUCCUUGUUUUAACUUAGUUAGUUUACGCGUGUGAAUUUGUGUCGAUCUAAAUGUGGACAAUGAUGCAAAUUAUGGAAUUUUUAACUAGUUUUGCGUCUCUGUGUUUUAUUUUUAUCUUUUAUGGAGCAAAAACAACCAAUGGAGUCCGCCAUACGCGCAACCUGAUCUGGGCUCAAACCCCGAAUCUGAAGAUCGGCGUGUCUCGGAUUGUGGGUAUCGAGGGCGACCCGACCGUAUGGGUUCCCAGCGGCAAUGUGCAGGUCAGACAUAUCAGCGCGCCUCAUCAUGGUUGGCAAUUCAAAGCCUUGGCUUACAACUGGGCUGACCAAACCUUGUACUGGAGUGAGGCAACGAACAGAAAAAUUCAGGGUCUUAAACUGAACGGCACCACCGAGACGGAGACCCUAUUCACGGGAACGUCCAGCAUGGUGGAGGGGCUGGCGGUCGACUGGAUAUCCAACAACAUCUACUGGGCGGACUCGCUCUACGACUGGAUCAUGAUCGGAUCCAUGUACACCAACCCCGGCUACAAGAUCGUGGUCAGGGACGGGCUAACCGGCCCCAGCGGCGUCGCCGUCCAUCCGGAGAAAGGCUAUCUUUUUUGGACCGACACCGGAGCUUUCUCGAAAAUCGAAGUUUCGGAUUUGUUCGGACAAAACCGUCACGUGAUAGUCGAUACGGACAUUCAGCAUCCGCGCGGCAUAACCAUCGACUUCACAGACGACACCCUAUACUGGGUGGACAGCAAGAAGGACACGGUCGAGUGCGCAGGCUUCAACGGAAAUAACCGAAGAGUUGUCGCCCAUCAGGCGGGAACCAUCUUCUUUGGAAUAGCCGUAUACGACAAAUAUGUGUUUGUGACCGAGCAGAUGCAGGGCCAUCUGCGCGUGUACGACAAGUUGUCCGGAAACAACGAGAUAAACUACCAACUUGGCUACGUUCCCGAUGGCAUCGUUAUGUAUGACGAGACCCGACAGCCUGGAAACACCUCGGCGUGUGACGCUAAAGGGUGCGCCCAGAUCUGCAUUAACGAUCCCCUGGCCGGGCCAGUUUGCAGGUGCGGUGAGAAACACCGGCUAGCGGAGGACGGAGUGUCUUGUUUAGUUGAGCCUGGUUUCACUAUUCCAAGUCACAUUUACGGGAUAGGGGACGCCAUAUGUCAGUAUCCGGUCAAUCUGCCGGACAUGUCGCUGACCAACGUGUCUCUGGAGUCGCAGUGCUUUCAGCGUGGGAGACGAGGACAUUACGGUCUAGCGUUCAAUGCACGAACGCACGAGCUUUUCUACACAGAAAACAUUACCGGAAGUAUCGGCCGAAUCAACAUCGACAACGAUUUGGGAGAUACCAUCAUUAAAGGAGUUGGUGAUGUGCAGGGUAUUUAUUAUUAG